AUGUGGUCGACUUGCUUGACUUUCAUCCUUGCAGCUCUCACUGCUUCCAGUUUGGCUGCCCCAUCUCCGCUCACCACCUCGGCAACCACUGUCGCCACUCUGUCCGGCAUUCAAUCCGGCACCGCCCACGAUGGGAUCCUGAUCCACGUGCUCCGCACCGAAGACUUGAUUGCGGAUAAACUCAAGGCGAAGCCACUAUUGCUUGAGAGACUCUCCCACUUGCUCAUCAAGGUGGAGCUCGGCAACCAGUCUGUGGCCGUCAAUGGUCACUCUCUCCCCAUGCUCCCUGGUUCCCAUCCCCUGGAAGUUAGUGUGAAGCUGCAACAGGUCCAAAUGCUCAAGAUGCCCAAAGACAGUCCCCUCGUUCCCCUCGGACUCACCCCGCCUGAGGUCUUGAGCAUCGCAGACAAAUACAUGUCCGAGGGGAUCGUUGCUGCAAUGCUCAGUGUCACCCAAGAGCCCUUGAUCGUAGAGGCCAUGCGUGAGGACAACACCCCCGUUCAGGCUGAAGCCUACAAGGUGACCAUCGGAAUGAAGAUCUUAGAAGUUGACGGUAUGUCCCUCGCCGAAACCGAUCUUCCCCCGGUCGACCUACUUCACUUGAUUGUUCAUCCCGACCAAGCGGACCCGAGCAAAGUCGCCACCGUGACCACCCUUGCACCUGAAGCGCUCUCGGACUCCCAACCGGCCUCGAGUCCCGCAGGCAUGCUCAAUGCCGCCCUCGACACCACCCGGGCUUCGCUUGAAUCCACCCUGAAUGCGCUCAGCAAUGCCAUGCAAGGAAUGGUCGCCCACGCCUCCGGUCUGCUCAACGGUUCCAGAGCCCGCAAGCCGUGCCACAAGCAUCAUCAUCACCACCACCAUCAUCAGAAGGGUGCUGCCUCAAAGGCCAAGAAGCCGGUCGAGCUGGCUGCGGCCACCAAGGCUCCUGAGGCUACUUCUGAACACCCCGUCAGCCGCCACUCGGCUGCCUCUACCUUCCGCCACAGGAUGGGAUGCUUUGUCAAGAUGGUUGCUCGCUCUUCCCUGGCCGUCCUCCUGCUCGGCCUUCCCCUAGCCCUUGUCUUGCUAGUCUUCAGUGCCCUCGUCUCCACCAUCCUCCGUCGACGCCUUGAGGCCUCCACUGCCGCGGCCUCCACCCCGCCCGCUUACCAGGCCAUUCCUGGCGACGAGAAACUGACCGAAGACCAACAAAUCAUCAUCAUUCACGCUGCAGACGCUGACAAGAUCUAA